CAUGCUCGCCGCAUCACCACAGGCAGCCGGCGAACAGUCAUCGGUCGCCGAUUCACUCACUGUGCAUACUCUGACUGCAAAGCCCGAACCAUAAACAAAAUUAGCACGCAAAACCUGGCUUGUCCGCCGCACAUGGAUGCUCCUACUUAGCCGGCGGCUGCCGAGAGCGCGCGCGGCGGAUCUCUCGCGCGCGAUGGCGAUGGCGGGCGGCGGCUGGCGGGCGUGGGCGGAGCGGCACAAGCCGUGCGUGGCCAUGGUGCUGGUGCAGCUCUUCUACUCGCUGGUGGACAUGGCGCUCAAGACGGCCUACGGGCUGGGCAUGCGCCCCAUCGUCUUCGUCGCCUACCGCCAGGGCAUCGCCGCCGCCGCGCUCCUCCUCGCCUCGCUCGCCGCCAGGGGGCUCACGCUGCGCCCCAUGGCCGUCGGCCCCCGGGCCUUCGCCCUCCUCUUCCUCGCCUCCCUCGCCAGCGCGACGGGGCAGUACUUCUACUUCAUGGGGCUGCAGCUCGCGUCGCCGUCCAUGGCCAGGGCCACCACCAACCUCGCCCCGGGCAUCACCUUCGCCAUCGCCGCCGUCAUCGGGCUGGAGAAGGUGGACUUGAGGAGCUCAAGGAGCAUCGCCAAGAUCGUCGGCACCGUCGUCUGCCUUGCCGGAGCAAUGCUCAUGGCGUUCUUCAAGGGCCCAAAGCUUCUCGGCGCCCUCCUCCUGCCGGCGACCGGUGACUGGGUGAAAGGCGGCAUCUACCUCAUGGGGAACGCCUUCUGUUUCUCCAUAUGGUACAUCUUGCAGGUACCGGUCUGUAAAUCCUAUCUCGAUCCACUAUCCUUGGCAACCUGGAUGUGCUUCCUAGCGACCUUGCAAUGCGCGGUGAUGGCCUUCUUCCUAGAAGCCAACUACAUGGAGAUCUGGAAGCUUGCUUCUAUUUGGGAGCUCCCCUGCAUCUUAUACGGAGGCGUUUUCGCAUCGGGCGCAAACUUUUUCAUGCAAUCUUGGUGCAUAUCAGUGAAAGGCCCACUUUACAGCGCAAUUUUUACACCGCUGAGCGCGGUCAUCACAACAAUAUUAUCUACGCUCGUCCUUCACGAGGAACUGCAUAUUGGGAGCGUGUUGGGUGCUAUUGUGAUCAUCCUAGGCCUGUAUGUCGUGCUGUGGGGUAAAGCUGAUGACGCAAGCAGUGAGGGGCUGGCCAUCCGUUCUGAUGAUUCUGAAAGCAUUUUAGAGCAAGAUUGCAUGGGUGUGAAAGUAGAAAGUGGGACCAAUCUUUCAGAACCAUUGUUAUUAUCUGAAAACGCGGACGCUGAUGCUUCGAGAUGCCAAUGAUAUUGCAGUUUUUCGAAUCAGCUUCUAGCCUUUGAGUAUUAAUGAUCCCCUUUUCUGAUACUUCUUCCACUGCUUGCUUGUUGCCAAAAUAUGUGUAUAUAUUUUUCAUUUGAUAGUCCUUGGCCAAUGGCCAUGCUAAAAUUAUCAAACACAGUCUGAACACAAAUGCUUAAUGUGCCGAGCAUAUAUUUGACCCA